CGUCGCCCGCCGGCCAGGAGACGGCCGGCGAGAAGAUCAUACCAAAACAGACCACGCUCCACGCGCAAACGCGGUGUCGCGCGACAAUACACACUGCCAACAGGACGCCAUCGACGGGCCGAGGCUGCUGCCCCGCGGAACAUGAUGAUGCCCCCAAAACCAUCCCAAAAAAACCAAUCGAGGCCGGGCCGGCGCAUGCCCUGGGAGCCCCGCAUCCGCGUCGACGCCCGGGACAUGGCGCGCGCCGAGAUCCGGCCCCGCGCCGCGCCGCCCAAACCGAGGCGGCGCCGCGUCCACGUGCCGCGGCCGACGCCGACGCGCGUCUCGAGCGAGGAGGACGACGCCGAGACGGACGCGGCCGCGGCCGUGGCGCUCGUCGUCGCCGCGGCCCAGGACGCCGAGACCGCGGACGCGGCGACGGACGCGGCCGUCUGCCGGAGCCGGCCGCGCGGGCCCGACGACGACACGGUCUCGACGCUGACGACGCGGCGGCCGCCGGGCGAGCAGGGCACGGACGUCGAGGACGACGACGACGACCUGGCGGACGAGGCGUCUCCUAGAGAUUUCGGGGCGGCGCUGGCGGAUGCGCUCGCGCUCGCCGAGGACCCGCGCCACGCGGAACUGCUGACGCGCGUCCUCGAGGACUGCGUGGGAGGUAAGGAGGCCCCGCCACCCACUCCGCAAGCCUCGGUGGACGCGGCGCUCGAGAUCGCGGCGCUCCUCUCGGCCGACGCCGCGGGCGAGAUCGCGCGGCGCCGGUCCGUCGACUCGCUGGAUAAGAGCGCCCGCAAGUCGCCGCCGCCGCCCGCGCCGGCGACGUCGAAGGCCGUCGUCGCGCCGCCGCCCGCGCCGCCGCGGCGGCGCCGCGUGGCCCAGUCUUUGGUAGAUUUGCAGCGCGACCGCAUCCAGGAGCGCGCGGGUUUAAGAGCGGCCGUCGGCCGCGCGGAGGCGGCGUACCGGCGCCUCCUCGCGCGCGCGGGCCGCGAGGCCGACGCGGCCGGCGUGGCCAAGCGGGCGACGAACCGCGCGCUCGUCGCGGCGAUGAAGGAGGUCGAGGCCGCGUCGCUCGCGCUGAAGCGCUACGACGCGCGGUCCGCGCGGCGGCGCGCUAGGCCCCACGUCCGGCCGCCCUUAGAUUUGUCGCUCGACGCGCCCGUGAAGCGGAAACCCCCCACGAAGAAGUAA